AUGAGCUAUCUCGCCCCGCGUCUGCAUCCAGUUUCGCUCCCACUCGAGACAUACCCAUUCAACUUGCGCGCCAGCCUCUCGCAUUGCUCGACUACGCUCGUCAUUUCUUUUGCCAAUUCUACGUUUACUUGUCCAAAUCUCAGCCCUGACGAGGCCUCGCGCCCGGCGACGCAUCCGCCGACGAACCUCAUCCGCAUCGUUCACCCCUCGUUUACGACGAGCACAGGUGCUCAAGCGAUCCUUGUCCAACCCGCUUCGUCUUAUAACAAUGUCGUGACCGUCGGUGACGUCCUGUAUGCCCUCCACGCGUACCUUUCACAGCCCAUCUCGCUUGACGAUGUUCCGUUGGGGACCCGCGCAGACGUACUAUCUUAUGCACAGUCACUUUCAGGUACUUCUCCGCUCAAUCAACUUGGUCCCCUGCGACGCUUCCACCUCCUCGAAGGCGCUCACCUCUACGGCGGACUGCUCAUGGACGUCGCGCAGAGUAACCGCCUCUUGGGCUCGAUAGACGCUCUGCAGGCUCUCACCUGGAUCCUUGUGACAAAGGAGCCAGGCGCGUCGGUCCUCAUUCCGGCCAUGUAUGUCACUCCGCAGAGCUCAGCGUCGGCUGCAUAUGGGCCGGUGGAUGAGAUGGGCAGACGCAUUUCUGGUGCUGGAAAUGGGGCGGGAGUGUACCCAACGCCGCCGUAUACGCGGUAG